UCUUCUCGUAAACUUACUUUCAACUAAAUCUGACACUGAAGCCAAAAAAGAUCUCAAAUAUUUGAAGAAAAUUUUGCUUUUUGAUGAGGAAUGGGAUAUAAUAAGUAAUUUAGUAGAGAUUCUUGAGCUGUUUGCUGAGGCCACUGAUUACUUAGGUAGAAGUAAUUAUUGUACUUAUUCGAUAAUGGUUCCUGUUUUAAUUGAGCUUAAGAAAAAUUACAUUAAUGAAAUUAAAAAUAAUCUGUAUAAUACAAUGAACUAUUAUUGGCCUAAUUUAACAUCACCAAGUUCACUUCUACCUAGUCUUUUAGAUCCCAGGUGCAAAAAUCUAUCGUUUGUCUCAUUUGCUGAACGGUUCACUACUGAAAAUUUACUUUGUGAUGAAUAUAAAAAAAUGAAAAAUAAUAUAGACAAAGAGAAAAAAAAUGUUAGAACGGAGGUUAAAUCAACUUCUGUAAAAAAAAAAACUAAAAGUAGCAUUCUUUCUAGUUUUAAAAAACAUAUGCCAGUUACAGUUGAAGAGAUUUCUGACUAUCUAAAGCUUGAAGAAAUUGAUGUUGAGUACGAUUCUUUUGUGUGGUGGUAUGAGCGGCACCGAGCUGGGACGGACUAUAACAUCUCUAGCUACUGA